AUGGAUAUUGGGUUUGCUAGUCUACGACACAGCAUCAGUGUAUGGCAAUCAAUGAUGCGAUCUUUUGGGAUUGUUGUAGAAGAGUCAUUUCUCAUCACAGGUGAUCGAGAGGUAAAGGGGGCCAAAGCAAAAUGUAACACAGCAACAAGAAAUUUGAAUUCUCCAAAUCCAGAGACAAUUAAGACAUCAACGCAAUAUUUUACAACUGCUAUAUCAAUAGAGACAACAAGAAAAGAUUCUUCAACUCCAACCCCGGUUGAGACGACGACGCAAUUUUCAGAUUUUAUUACUGCAUUGACAACGGAAGAGACAACAACAAACUAUUCUCCAAUUUCAACGUCGAUAAAGACGACAACCGAAGAUUUUACAACUCCAGUGAUGAAAGAGUCAACAACAGAAGAUUCACCAAAUCCAACGACGGUAGAAGAGACAACAGAAUAUUCCGAAACUCCAGAAUUGGCAGAGACAACAACACAAUAUUUUUCAACUCCAAUGUUGAUAGACACAACACCAAACAAUAUUCCGUGUCACGAAAUCCUGAUUAAGAGAUGUAAUGACCACUGUUUAAAUCAUAGACGUAUCAAUCUCGGAGGAAGCUGCAGAAUGGGUGAAGGAAAUUCCGUAAAGUGCGAAUGUAUCAAGGUUAAGAACUGCGAAGUUUAUCAAAAUGCAACUUGCCAGAAUCAAUGUAAAGAGAAAUCAUCAAACGACUACUGUAAAAUUCCUGAGAAAAAUAUUCCUUGUGCUUGUCGUUUUCAAAGCGGAUCUAGCAAGAAUAUCUACUACGAGCUUCCCUGAAGAGACCCGGAACAUCCCUGGAAAUUGAAAGAAGGAACUGACUUUGUGAAGAAGAAACUGACUGCAUACACAAUUUUGCACUGAAGGUGGAGGG